AUGACACAGAUCAAGGGAGAUGGUGGAGAUGGUGAUGGGGAUGAUAGUGAUGUGACUGUGAGAAGGUGGUACCACAUUUGUUUCACGUACAACCACACGGACCACCGCUAUCUCACCUACAUUGACGGGGAACUGGUCUACGACAUGACCUACGACGUGGGCCGCCAGAUCUGGGGAGAUUAUGCCCGUCUUGGUCAGAACGAGGAGCUGAUGGAGAGCUACAGCGGCGCGCUCUCGCAGGUCAAUGUGUGGGACUACCCGCUGAGCCAGGGAUUCGUGCAAGAGAUGGCACACUGCAUAGAGGACCACCAAGGCAACUACAUAUCGUGGGAGGGAGGCUGGACACUCAACAACAUCACUGAGUACUACGUGUCCCUCUCACACUUCUGUAACCAUACACAAGACACCAUCUACUUCUGGUUUCCCGCGCGACCACGGCAGUUUGCUUUCUAUAUUUGUGAGGCUUUAGGAACACAUCUGCCUCUUCCAAAAACUAUGGAGGAAGUACACUUUUGGUUCAAUCUGUCUGCCAACACCUGGCCAGAUGAAAAAAUGCGCUGCAGAGAUAAUUUCUGGACAGCCCUUAUUGACAUAGAGGAAGAAAACACUUGGGUGACCCACUAUGACAACGCCCCAGCCCUCCAAGUGGCUUGGAAGGAUGGAGAGCCAAAUGGCAUCUUUUACGAGAACUGUGUCAAAAUCGAGCCUAUUGGUUUGGCGGACAUCAACUGCGUUACAAAUAUCAGGUGUUCGAUAUGCGAGUUCAAGCAGCUGCAGAUUUUCUCCUUUCUGGGAACAUGUGAACAGGAGUUGCGCAAUAUUCAUUUCAUCGCCUACCAGGAGGAGAUGGGAGGCCUGCUGUUCAAGGGUUACGGGGAGUACCACAUCAGGAAGGAAGGCAACGAGUGGGUGUGGGUCAACGUAGUCAAGAACAAGACGCUGGCCAAACUUGACGCUAACGCUCCAAUGGGCAUGCCAAUGGGACGCCGAGUUUGGCACCUGGAAACUAAAGUGUGUGACCAGAUGGACGGACCGCGAACACUGGCACUCACCCCAUGUGAGGAUGGAAGCUACACUUGCAAUGAUGCCACUUGCAUCCCCCAUGAGAACCGCUGCGACCUCAAAUACGACUGCCAGGACCACAGCGACGAGGAGGACUGCGACCUCAUCACAAAGCCAGUCAACUACAAACAAGAUCUUCCCCCAAGACCAAACAAAAAACAAGGACUUGGAAGUUUGCCCGUGGGUCUCAAAAUCACCAUAGAAACGGCAACUAUCGAGACGACAAAGAUGACCAUGCAACUUACAUACGACUUGAAGAUGCUUUGGUACGACAACCGUCUCACCUUCCUCAACCUGAAGACCAACGACAGUCUAAACAAGGUGACCCACAGCAGCAUGAUCACUCUCUGGACGCCCAUCAUUGGAUUCAUCAACACGGGUGACCACCAACACACAGUAGUAGACCUGGAAACGUCUCUACACCUACAGCAACUCACACCCUCUAAGGAAAGGGACCCAGGCGCCCCAGGGGAAGUAGACCUAUAUCCUGGGGGAGAAAAUGAACUCGUGUUGUCUAGGAAGUACAACACCAUCUUCGUGUGUGACUUCGACCUGUCACUGUAUCCUUUCGACUCCCAAUACUGCGAUAUGCACCUCAGGAUGCUCGCAGCCUCCAGCAACUACCUUGCGUUCAAUGACAACGCCACGUCCGCCGUAUACGUCGGGAGCGAGAUGCUGCUUGAGUAUCACUUGGGCCAGCCCACACUGCUUUACGACAACAGCGGGGAGUACAGCGAGGCCAAGGUUCGCAUCCCCCUGGAGCGACGUUCAGGUUACGCCAUUCUAAACAUCUACACUCCAUCUCUCAUCCUUCUGGUCAUCAGCUACGUUAGCCUUUUCUUCCGCCCGCACAUCUUCGAGGUGCGAGUGAUGACGACCCUCACGGCCUUGCUCGUCAUGGCCACGCUCUUCACACAAGUGUCUGCCUCGCUUCCCAAGACAUCCUAUUUCAAGAUGGUGGAUGUCUGGCUUCUCUUUUGUAUCGUCAUAAGUUUCCUGGUUAUCAUUUUUCACACCAUCAUUGACAACUCCCUGGGUGACAAGAUCAGCGGUGUAGCAGACAACCCUUCCGUGCCAACCACGAUUCAAGUGCAGCCCUUCGGUUCCCCACCAAGCACCCCGCCCAAGAUGCUCAGGACCUACGAGAAGAUCAGCGUCACCACCGUGGGCUACAUCUCCAUCGCCCGGUACUCCGUCUUCAUUCUCUCAGCCAUUUUUAAUGUGAUCUACUGGAGUUACAUCUUCGGCUAAGCGCGGGAGUUUGUGGAACUGCCACGUAUCUUAAGCACAUGCUCGUCCCCAGUCUUAUGAUAAACUGAACCCUACAUUAAGUUGACUGAAGUGCCCCUUAAUAUAUUCUAUACCAUUUGUGUGAAAACGUAGCAUGCAGAAACAUUAUUCAAGUUUGUAAGACUAAAAUCGCUGA